AUGGCACAAUUCUCCGAUAUUGAUAAACUUGCUGUUUCCACUUUAAGACUACUUUCCGUAGACCAAGUGGAGAGCGCACAAUCUGGUCAUCCAGGUGCACCUCUGGGGUUGGCGCCUGUGGCCCAUGUAAUUUUCAAGCAACUUCGUUGUAACCCUGACAACCAGCACUGGAUCAAUAGAGACAGGUUUGUCCUAUCGAACGGUCAUUCAUGUGCUCUUCUGUACUCUAUGCUGCACCUCUUAGGAUACGACUACACCAUUGAAGACUUGAGGAAAUUCAGAGAGGUGAAUUCGAAGACUCCAGGACAUCCUGAGUUUCAUUCGCCUGGAGUGGAAGUUUCCUCUGGACCUUUGGGUCAAGGUGUUUCUAACGCUGUUGGUAUGGCUAUUGCACAGGCUAACUUCGCGGCUACCUACAACGAGCAAGGCUUCCCCAUAUCCGAUUCGUAUACGUUUGCGAUUGUGGGAGACGGUUGCUUACAGGAAGGUGUUGCUUCAGAAACUUCUUCCUUAGCCGGUCAUUUGAAACUGGGUAAUCUGAUUACGUUUUACGAUAACAAUAGCAUUACCAUUGACGGUAAGAUUUCUUACUCUUUCGACGAAGACGUUUUGAAAAGAUACGAGGCUUAUGGUUGGGAGGUCAUGGAAGUCGACAAGGGUGAUGACGACAUGGAGUCCAUUUCCAGCGCUCUGGAAAAGGCGAAGCUAUCUAAGGAUAAGCCUACUAUAAUCAAAGUCACCACUACGAUUGGAUAUGGGUCUUUGCAACAGGGUUCCGAAAGUGUCCACGGAUCUGCCUUGAAACCAGAUGAUGUUAAACAAUUGAAGCAGAGGUGGGGGUUCGACCCAAGCAAAUCGUUUGUGGUGCCCCAGGAAGUGUACGACUACUACAAAAAGACUAUAGUAGAGCCUGGUCAAAAACUCAAUGAAGAAUGGGACAAGAUGUUUGAAGAAUACAAAACCAAAUUCCCCGAAAAGGGUAAGGAACUGCAAAGGAGAUUGGAUGGCGAGUUGCCGCAAGGUUGGGAGAAGCACUUGCCCAGCUUUACCCCGAAUGAUGAAGCCUUGGCUACAAGAAAGGCAUCCCAACAGGUAUUGACUGACCUAGUUCAAGUGCUACCUGAGCUGAUUGGUGGUUCUGCUGAUUUGACACCUUCGAACCUAACGAGAUGGGAAGGUGCGGUAGACUUCCAGCCUCCAAUUACCCAACUUGGUAAUUACGCUGGGAGGUACAUAAGAUACGGUGUUAGAGAGCACGGUAUGGGCGCCAUAAUGAACGGUAUUUCCGCCUUUGGUGCUAACUACAAGCCAUACGGUGGCACUUUCUUAAAUUUUGUCUCUUACGCUGCCGGUGCCGUUAGAUUAGCCGCCCUGUCUGGUAAUCCUGUUAUUUGGGUGGCAACGCAUGAUUCUAUUGGGCUGGGUGAAGACGGUCCCACCCAUCAACCCAUUGAAACCCUAGCCCACUUGAGAGCUAUUCCCAACAUGCAUGUUUGGAGACCAGCUGAUGGUAACGAAACUUCCGCCGCAUACUAUUCCGCCAUCAAAUCGAAGCGCACACCAUCUGUAGUGGCCUUGUCAAGACAAACUCUCCCCCAAUUAGAACAUUCCUCUUUUGAAAAGGCUUUGAAGGGUGGUUAUGUGGUCCAUGACAUUGAAAAUCCGGAUAUCAUUCUAGCGUCAACUGGUUCAGAGGUCUCCAUCUCUAUAGACGCGGCUAAGCAAUUAUAUGAGACUAAAAAGAUUAAGGCAAGAGUUGUCUCCAUGCCUGACUUUUACACGUUUGAUAGACAGAGCGAAGAAUAUAGAUUCUCUAUCUUGCCAGAUGGCGUUCCAAUUAUGUCCUUUGAAGUGCUAGCCACCGCAAGUUGGGGGAAGUAUGCCCAUCAAUCCUUCGGUCUUGAUGAGUUUGGCCGUUCGGGUAAGGGGCCUGAUAUCUACAAACUUUUUGAUUUUACAGCAACUGGUGUUGCAACCAGAGCUGAAAAGACAAUCAACUACUACAAAGGAAAACAACUACUCUCACCCAUGGGUAGAGCUUUUUAA